UUCUUCCAGAUCUCCCCCAGGGAAGAGACCGCAGAAGUCUUGAAGGAGAUAGAGAAAAGAUGGUCCAGGAGAUGAGAAAAACAACCCCAAACCUGGCCUACAUCGAUGAUGCAAUGAAUGCCACAUAUGCACUGAGAAGACAGGAGAUCGUUGAAGAGGAGCCACCUGUGACCGAAAUGAGAGUCAGAUGGCCUGCCCUUUUUACUGAAAGACAGAUCGUCAAGGAAUUCACCAGGCUCAUGUCAAUGGACAUCAAUAAGUUCUAUGAGGGUCUGGACAGCCAUCUGCAUAAACUUCUUCAGUUAUUCCGGUUGAAGCGCUUCGAGGAAGUUCAAGAAAUGACAUCCUUAAUGGAGAGUCUCGACAAGGAUGCAUCAAACCAAAGGAAGAGAGCAGCAGCUUUGCAGGGACUGCCAUGGUACAUGAAGGAAAAUCCUUCUACAUUGAUGAAGAGAUGUGAGCCAACAGAUCCUGGGGAGGACGUCAUCAAGGGAAUGGUGAUUGGAAUCCUUUUGGUCGUUGAAGACGUGAAGGAGCCCCUUCCAGUUUCCUACAACGAUGUUGCCAUCGUCAUCGAGGAAAAGAUUGUCAUGCGUCAUCUCGGUGAUGUACCCAACGCUUUUGUGAACCUGAUGGGCCUGCUGUACAUGCUGAACCUUGACUAUCCAAAAGACAUGAAAUAUACUUUUGAGGUGAUUUAGCGCCUGUUCAUGGGAAUCGGGUCUGAGAUGUGCACGCCCAGGGUCCACUCUCUAAAGAAUAAGCUGCUCAUUUAGAGGGAUUGCUCAGGAGGAUGUUUCUGCAUUUGGCCCUGAGGAAGUGUUCUAAUUUUUUUGCCAUUUGUCCACUAUGUAGUAAGAGGAAAAUAAAUGUAAAGCCCUUCUGUGGGUCACAACAGUUUUUGUUUUUUUUUGUUUUCAUGUUCUAACAGAUCUCUAUUGCUCUCUGUGGAGGAAAUGUCUCUUGCAGACACUCAUUUGUAUUUUAUGUUGUAGAGCAAACAUGAACAGAGUGGAGAUUUCAGUAAUGUUUGAACGUGUUAAUUCUCAGGCUGACAUUUGAGCAAGUUUCUCAGAGAGAGAUACAAUUUUGUAUGUAUAUCUUGCUGCAUUUAACUGCAACAAUGAUGAACAUUCACUUAGAAUGGAUCAAGAUGUAGAUGUUGAUCAAGGUAUUUAGAGUUGUUUUUUUUCCCCCUCAAAGGAAGAAUGCUUUUUUUUUUUUUUUUUUUCCCUUCUUACAAGCGGGACACAGUGUAAUUUCAGUUUUUGACCAGCCCUGAAAGAGUUGGAAGAGCAUGAGUGUUUAAGAGGGUGUGAAAGCUUUUUUUGUCUGCAUGUCCCAGAGGAAGAAUUCUCAUUUUUUACACUAUUUAGUAAGAGGAGAUGAAAUGUAUUGCCCUUCUGUGGGUCACCCCACCUUGUUUUCAUGUUCUGACUUAUUUCAAAGGUAUUAACAUUAAUCCAUGUGAAGUUACAGAUAAAUUGUGGAGAAGAGUGGACAUUUCAGUGGACAUUUCAGUAAUGUUUGAAUGUUUUCAUUUUCAACAUUUUGAGCAAGUUUCUCAAAGAUACAUUUUUUGUUUUGUUUUUACGAAUCUUUCUGCAAUUAACUGCAGCAACUCAGAAUGGAUUCAGUUGAACUCGGAGAGUUAUUGUUUUUCCCCAAAGGAAGGGUGCUCUUAUUUUUAUGUAUUAUUAUUUAUGUGUGGGACAGUGUAAUUUCAGUUUGUGAGCAGCCAGAAGCAAAAGUGUAUUUGAGGGUGUAAAGGCUAAUGUUUUAACAUGUCCCAAGGAAGGUCUUUUUUUGACGUCUCGACAUCCAUUGACACUUAUUUUGAAGCAAGGCUGGUUGAAGUUGGACUUGUUGGGAUUUUAAUAAAGGUCCUUAUUGAAUUGUCUUUUCAGCUAUUUUUUCAUGUGUUAAUAUU